AUGGGUGACCACGCCACCACCACCAACCCCAACGAGACCGCCUUCGCGGACAAGGGCAAGGGCAAGGCCCAGGACCCUACCCAUGACCAGAACAUGGAAUCCGACAGCGAGUCCGAGAGCGAACCCGAGCUGCCCGACAAUGACGAGGAUGAGGAAGACAACGGCGACGGCAACCUCGAGCCCAUCUCGCAGGACAACAUCAUCUCUGGCGGCCGUCGCACGCGCGGCAAGCAGAUCAACUGGGAGACCGUACACUCCCAGAACGCAGACGCGAUGGAGGAUGAGGAGGAUGAUGACGAGGACUACCAGGGCGCCGGUGACGACAACGACGACCAGAUGCGCGACUAA